AUGUUCUCCCCGUGCACGUCUCCCCGUGCACGUCUCCCCGUGCACGUCUCCCCCCCGUGCACGUCUCCCCCGUGCACGUCUCCCGUGCACGCGUCGCCUCCCCGUGCACGUCCUCCCCGUGCACGUCCCCGUCCCCCGUGCACGUCUCCCGUGCGUGCACGCCUCCCCGUGCCCCCUGUGCACGCCUCCCCGUGCACGCCCCGUGCACGCCUCCCCGUGCACGUCUCCCGUGCAUGUCUCCCCGUGCACGCCUCCCCCGCACGCCUCCCCGUGCACGCCUCCCCGUGCACGUCUCGCACGCUCCCCGUGUACACGUCUCCCUGUGCACGCCUCCCUGUGCACGUCUCCCUGUACACGUCACACAAAAACAACCCCAAUAUGAAUGAAGAAAAGAUCCAUGGAAGGGUGAUCCCAAAGGGGAAU